GCAGGUGGCUCCACUCACUUCACAACAAGAAGCAAUUUGGCUGCUAGAAUUAGUAAAUAGUCUUCAAAAAAAGAGGCUUCAAGUUGUUAAUUGCCACAAUUAGAGUUCAGUAAACUAACCAUAAAACAGAGAAUUACCCAGCGUGUAUUUGAAACAACCACAUAGUGAUUCUUAAGUGGCAUAACAUUACAAAUGAAGAACUGAAGGGCUUGUGCGGGUACAAAUGUUACUAUGUUUGUGUCUGUUUUUGUGUUAGCACUAUCACCACCUACCUAGCUACCAAUUGACCUACUUUCAUACCUAUUUAGCUCACUAUCGACUAACGAACUUAACAACACAACCUCGCUCUCCCUCUCUGCUAAUCUGCCACAGAGAGCUAAUCAGCGAUAACAGGAUUUACUACUAGAGCCUUUUUGUGAGCAACUUUAGUGUUUUAGUGGCAAAAUAUUUGAUUUGUGUAAAAAUGAACACUUUCCUGGACAAAUAUAUCAUUUUCGUGACAUCAUGUAGUGUUGUGCGUAGUAUUGGAAGACUUUCUACAAGAUGCUGGCAUUUUUGUGCACAAAUAUCGCACUUCAAAAGGUGAGUAUUUCCACUUGUAUUAUGUAUGGUUAUUUUAAUCGAUCAUCCAAUAUGAUUUAGUAUGAUUAAAGGUCUUUUGAUGGCAACAGUUUGACCCCGGGACAGAUCAUUUGCGAAGCCUCCUGCCGGUCAGCUUAGCGCCGGUGGCUACUUUGCUGAUGACAUCAUCACAAAGCUCCCCCAGAGGCUCAGCACGCGUCCACCUGUCACUCACCUCAGUGUCCAUGUCGCCAUCGUGAAGACAAGCUGAGCACAGCACAGACGGCAGCAGCUGCGCUCGCAGGCUAAUCCAAUCACAGCAAACGUUUGCCGCUAAUUGACUGACCUCGAUCACUGAUUGGCAGACGGGUCGCCAUGCCAACAGUCAAGGGCAGGAAGAGGAAGUCCAGGAAAGAAGUCAACGAUGGCGACGGUGAAGUGGUUUGCGUAGACGUGGAGAAUGAGGAAUUGACCAAUCAGAGAAGAGAAGCCGCCACGCCGCCCUUCCUGGACGUGGCGGCCCCACAGAAAAAAAAGAAGAAGAAGAGGACGGCAACAAUUGAUCAGCAGGUGGAGCACGUCGACACGCCAAACGGGAACACGGCCGAAGCCGCGGUGGACGAGGAAGAAUCCACGGUCGCUGUGAGCAGAAAGACCAAAAGGAAGAGGAAGGCCAAGCCCACGGAGCCUCACAGCGACGACCUCGGCGCCGAAGAUGACGACAUUGUGGCGGACGCCCCCUCGCCCAUUCCCCAGCAUUCCUUGUUCUCCGCCCCCCAAGGACAUAGUCAACCUGUUGGCAGAGUCUUUAUGGAGCGAAACAGGCGUUUUCAGGCAGAGCGAGUGGAGCAUUUCCGACAUGCCGAGCAGGUGGACGACUACUUGGAGCCCAGACAGAUGACGUGGACCACCAGAGACGUAGCCAUGAAGGUCCACAGCAGCUUCAGGGUUGUGGGCCUUUUCUGCCACGGCUUCCUGUCCGGUUACGCCGUGUGGAACGUGAGCGUCGUGUACGUGCUUGCCGGCGAGCACAUGUCCACGCUGGCCAACCUCCUGCAGCAGUAUCACUCUCUGGCCUACAGCGCGCAGUCGCUGCUCUACCUGCUGCUCGCCAUCAGCACCGUGUCCGCCUUCGACCGAGUGAACCUGGCCAAGGCCUCCAUGGCCCUGAGGGGCUUCAUCACGUUGGAUCCGGCCGCUCUCGCCUCCUUCUUGUACUUCAUAGCGUUGAUCCUGUCCCUCAGUCAACAGAUGACGAGCGAUCGCAUCCACCUGUAUCCCACCGCCAACAACACUUUGUGGCCUCCUGGAUCUGAGGAGCAGAUCUUGCGACCGUGGAUCGUGGUCAACCUGGUGGUGGCGCUGCUGGUGGGCCUGGCUUGGGCCGUCAUUUCCACGCGGCCGGGUGUCGACUACACGGAAGAGUUCUUGAUGUCCAUGGAAGUUGAGGGCUAUCCCAGAGGCGAUGAGAACUUGGACAUUCCAGCCUGAAACCUUGUCUAAAAUGUUUACUGUAUUUAUAUUUUCAAAUAUAUUUAUUUGUACAAUGUCUUCUACAUUUUUUUGUAUUCUUGUGAUUUGGUGAAUGUGAAAAAUAAAUGUAGCGUCUCAGAGCCAAAUUGGUGUGCGGUGCUUAUGCAACUUUUAAGCAUGAGGUGGCGCUGGUUCCUUCUGAAUCCAAUAAACGAGUA